CAUUGUGGGGCGGAGGCGGCCUUUCUCUGCGUCCAGGCGAUCGGGAAAUCUUCAAGUAAAUAACGGGGGGAGGAACAGUCUGAGCGCAGCCUGCCAAGUAUCCAACACACCGAGACUGUGUUGCGACCGAGCCUUAGAUAUUACAAAUUGUAAUAUUAGUCCAAUAUGGGGCAGGAGGAUCUUAUGAACACAGCCGAAGACGUGGCAGACCAGUUCUUGCGGGUAACCAAACAGUACCUACCCCACCUGGCACGUCUGUGUCUCAUCAGCACCUUCCUCGAAGACGGGAUCCGCAUGUGGUUCCAGUGGAAUGAGCAGCGAGACUACAUCGAGGCUACCUGGAGCUGUGGCUACUUCCUGGCUACGUGCUUUGUGCUGCUUAACCUCAUCGGACAGCUGGGUGGUUGUGUCCUCAUCCUCAGUAGAAAUUUUGUACAGUAUGCCUGCUUUGGAUUAUUUGGCAUCAUAGCAUUACAGACUGUUGCAUACAGCAUUUUAUGGGACCUUAAAUUUUUGAUGAGAAACCUGGCCCUGGGAGGAGGUCUGCUCUUGCUGCUGGCUGAGUCUCGUUCGGAAGGGAAGAGCAUGUUCGCUGGAGUCCCGUCUAUGGGAGAGAGUUCACCGAAGCAGUACAUGCAGCUGGGCGGUCGAGUGCUGCUAGUGCUCAUGUUCAUGACCCUGUUGCACUUUGACUCCAGUUUCUUCUCCAUCCUGCAGAACAUGGUGGGGACUGCUCUCAUCAUCCUGGUGGCCAUUGGCUUCAAGACCAAGCUGGCAGCGCUGACCCUCGUCGUGUGGCUUCUGGCUAUCAACGUCUACUUCAACGCUUUCUGGACCAUCCCCGCCUACAAACCCAUGCACGACUUCCUCAAGUACGACUUCUUCCAGACCACCUCGGUCAUCGGCGGCCUGCUGCUGGUGGUGGCGCUUGGGCCCGGUGGAGUGUCCAUGGAUGAGAAAAAGAAAGAGUGGUAGGCAAAAUAGGGGGUUAAGGUGAGAGGAUUGCGCAGCACCACUAACUUCCCCCACUGACCGGGACACAAAGACCCUCCCUCUCCUCCAGUUCCACCAGGGUACACAGUUUUUUUUUUUUAGUUUUUUGUUAUUUGGCCAAAUCCAGAGACACCAUCUCAGCCAUCAAUGGACAGUUGUUUCUGUUUUUCUCCCAACUGCUGUUUUUUUUCUUUAGUUGAACACAAUAAUAGCGGAUUUUUUCAAAACAUUUCUUGUGUGUCCUGUUUUUUUCAUGACAGCAAAAAUUAAAAUGCCCAUGUAUUUCAAAGUGCUAAGAAAACAAGAAAGGGAUGAUAAGUAAAAAGAAAAGAUUUAUUUGGUCUGUGUGCAGAGGAUGAAUGAAAAUAAUUCAUUGUGUUUUAUGGGUGUUAUGCCAUAAAUUAUCAUAAAUUAACUUUAAUAUUUUCUGAAUGAAACUGGCGAAUUGGAUGGAGUUCAGCAGUUUGGGUUCUCCGUGGAUCUGUAUCAACCAUUGGCUCAUGGAGUGUCUGACACUCAGUCCUGAGAACUUGAGCACUGAUUUGACACCAGCUCACCUCGACUCUCCAGGUUUCAUCUCCCUCCUUUUCUUUUAUUUUUCUCCCCCCCCACGAGCACCCUAGUUUCUUGUACAUCUGUACACCUUCAGCUGACUGACAACUGUUGUUCAUGGGGAGUCGACUUGGGGUUGGGACGUGUACAUUGUAUACUAAGUGGUGGAUUGCAGUCGUGCUUGAUUGAAAAUUUCAACACAGUUAUUAGCUCCGGGACUUGUUAUUGGGCACUUUGUACUGUACGUCUUUGGCAAAUGCCUGACUAGUGAACUGUAUAUGAUCGGGGAUAAUAAAGAGGGGGGGAGACUCAACGUUUGUGAAACACCAUAUUCUGCGAUCUAGGAAAGCAAAGAGGACUAAGCAGAGUCACUAGCCGCCUGGACUUUGUCUUUGCUCAGUGUUUUUUGCCCUGUGUAAGAAAAGCUUAAAAAAAAAAGAGAAAAAGAUAUUCAGUGUAUUGAUUUUCAGAAGUUUAUAUUGUAUUUUUGAUCAUUUGUUUUUUUGAUUUUGGAAGUACAUGGCGAAGAAAUAAAUACUCAAAAAUAUGAAA